UCUCUCGAUGGAAUCUUCCUCCCUUCUAUCUUAUCUACCCUGCUGAAAUGCAAAACCAGAAGUCCAAAACCAUUCUUUUCAAAAAACAGAAUUCCAAAACUGCCAUGCCCGUAUGGCCACAGCCGGUGCCGCCGUGGACCGGCUUCUACGGCGGCUAGCCGCAGAUGCUGGUCGUUUGAAGCUGCCCUCGAGCAUAGACGAGGAUAUGGCGCAGGUACGGCGGACCCUGGCAAGGUUGCAAGAUGUGCUGCUAAGCGUGGAGGGGAAAUACUUCAAGAUGAGCAUGGAGGCGCAGGAAUGGAUGAGGAAGAUCAAUCAGAUUUCCUAUGACAUCCAAGAUCUACUAGAUGAAUUUGAGGACUGCAGUGAGGCCGGAUCUCAAAGGGGCAGUUCCUGGAUUGCAAAGGAAAUAUUGUUGUGUUCCUCAAGUCCUUGUUUCUUUAAUAGUAGUAGAUUGCAAAGAAUAAGGAUAAUCAAAAGAAAGUUAGAUCUGUCAACAGAAGAUUCUGUUGUAUUGAGUUUAAUGCAGCACAGUCCAUCCAACCUUAAGCAUUGCAAUGAGCCAGUAAUUUUUGAUGGAUAUAAAAUCCUUGGGAGGGACAAUGACAGAGAAAAUGUAAAGAAUUUGCUCUUCCAAAAUGAUGCUGAUAAAUUUUCCAUCAUUCCCAUUGUCGGCCUUGCGGGGAUAGGGAAAACAGCUCUAGCAAGGUUAAUUUUCCAAGACUAUGGAGAAGAGUGGAACUUUGAUCAACGUAUAUGGAUCUGUAUCGACAGGAAAUUAGAGCUUAAUAAAAUUGCCAAUGAUAUAAUUUCACAGGUUAACAAAAAAGAAGAAACUAUUUCAGAGUUUGUCCUGAAUGAUCAAAUUCAUAACAACUUGCAGUUUAUGAAGAAUCGCCUCCAAGAAGUUCUUUCUGACAAAAGCAGUUUGAUAGUCUUGGAUGGCUUGAUUAGCACAGAUAAAAAUCAGCUAAUUGAAUUGAAGGAGAUGUUGAGGGGUACAGAGAAGUGCACCAAGAUCAUUGUGACGACUUCCAGUGAAGUAUCUGCAGAUCUAAUAGGCACUGUUCCAUCAUACAAGUUGCACCCUUUAUCUGACGAUGACUGUUGGGGAAUAUUUUGUCAGAGAGCAUUUGAUAAUGGAGCCGGAAACAUGGACCGUGCUGAAAUUGGGAGGCAAAUUGUGAAAAGGUGCGAAGGCAUACCUAUGGCAGCGUAUUCUCUUGGUUCAAUGAUGCGUAACAAGGAUGAUAAUGCCUGGUUAUGGGCAAGGGAUAAGGAAAUAUGGGAAUUGCCAAAAGUAUUUGCUAAUGGGUUUGAGUUACUUGCACCAUUCAGUGAAAUAUAUCACAGUAUGCCCUCAGCUUUAAAAUCAUGCUUCUCUUACUUGUCAAUCUUCCCCAUAGGAUUCGUAAUAGAUAGAGAGAAGCUGAUUCAACAGUGGAUAGCACUUGACAUGGUUGGUUCAAAGCACGGGGCUUUACCUGCUUAUGUGCAUGGAGAGAUGUUCAUUCAGGAACUCUUAUCACUAUUCUUCCUUGAAAUCCAAAAGAUACCCUCUGCCACUGGAAUCAGUCCUACCAAUCGUCGUACAUUACUCCAGGUGAAUAGCUUGGUGCAUGCUUUUGCAAAAUAUGUUGCUGGUAGUGACAUUGUAAUUUCUGAUGGUAGAGAGCUAUCAAGGGGCCCUUCAGCUGAAAAGGUCUCUUCCACUUACGCUGUGCUGAUAAAUCACACAGGACACUCAACCCUUCAGAAAGAUGUUCUCACCGGGGCCAGGGCAAUAUCAUUCAAAAACUGUCUUCUUGCAGAUGCAUUCUUAAGAUUGAAUCAUCUGCGGAUCUUGGAUCUUACCUGUUGUUAUGAUCUAGAAUUGCCAGCAUCCAUUGGCUAUUUGAAGCUUCUCAGGUAUCUUGCUGGUUUUGGCUUAAGAAUUCGUAAAUUACCAAACCAGAUGAGUAGCUUACAAAACCUUGAGGCUUUGGAUUUCUCAGAAUCACACCUUGAGGAGCUGCCAUCAUUCAUUGGAUCUUAUCAGAAGCUAACAUAUUUGAACCUUCAGAGAUGUGAGAAACUUCGGAACUUGCCCAGAACACUUGGGGAUCUCAAGAGACUAGAAUAUCUCAACUUAUCAUACUGCCCCGGAGUCAGUGAGGAUGCUGACUACUUAUGCAGUCUCCAUGCACUUCGAUUCUUAGAUCUCUCUGGCUGCUCUGAGCUUCAACAGUUACCUCAUUUGUUUGGUAACCUAACAAAUUUGGAGGAUCUAAACCUGUCAGGUUGCUUUAGGCUCGAGAGACUGCCACUGCCAGAUUCUAUUACAGGACUAGUAAAUUUGCAGUAUCUGAAACUUUCACAUGUCAUCUCUGAGCUGCCUGAGUCGCUAAGCAAGCUGGAAAGGCUCCAUACGCUAGACCUUACUGGUUAUCGUCUACCGCUAUCAUCAGGCGUCCCUCCAACAUUGGCAGACAUUAUACGGAAGAUGCCUAAUCUCAAUAUUAUGUUGAGAGAUCGUUAUGGUGUUGAAAUGUCUUGUUCCUCCAUUUCUACUGGUGGAAAUGGGAGAGGGCUGCCUCUCAAUCUCAAAAAUAAAAAAAUUGUGGUGUUGCAAUUUCAGAUUUAUGUACACCAUAAUAUUCGAUGCUCAACAGAUAAUGCAAAUCUCGUGACGGAGGAAACAUCUGAUGAGAGAGUUACUCUGCGGAAAAUACGAAGCUUACAUGACCUAGGCGAUCUCCACGAUAUUCACCAUUUAGAAAGUCAUGAAAAAAUAGAGGAGAUGCAAGAACAAGCGCGUCAACUUGUUGCUUCCAGUCGUCUUGAUGAGAAAAUAUGGCAUGUGGAAUGGCUCAUUGAUCUACUUGUAUUAUGGGCACUGUCAAGUAUGGGUGAGAUUACAAGAGCAGACAACUUGUUGGAAUCACUUCUGAUGAACAACAUUUGUCUAGUAUUUCUGAAAAAUGAACAGCAUUCACUUCUGAUGCCUCAAUAUUAUUACGCACUGCAUGUUUUUGUGGCAUUACUAUUACCUGCCAACUAAUUUUAAGAAUAAACCAUUUUCAUAACCUUUAUGUACAAAUUUAAAACAACUCACAUUGAGAAUCAGAAAACGUGGUCUUUCAACUACUCAACUACCAGGAGAAUCAGCAUAUUCUCACUAGGGCACUACAAACAGAGGAUCAGAUCCAGGAAGGACAUGAUCAGAGCUUCAGACUAUGUUAGGAAUAUUACUCAGAACAAAUCAAGGGAGAAAGAAGAAUAAAUCAAGAAACCUUGUGAGGAACAAAGAACAGAUCCAUGCCCUCCUGCUUCUCCUUGCCGCCGCAAUAGCACGAGGUCACGAGCGCAAGAAACCCUAACACUGGAAGAGGAGGCUAGGGGAGAUGGGAAGGGAAUGAACUCACCGGGGAGAAGGUGGCCACCGGAGGAGAGAGCGUGCCGUUGCCGUCACGUCGUAGUCGCGCCGCGCCGUGCAGCCGUCCCCGCCGCAGCGCCCCCUCUCAUUGCGUCGCUGCGUCGAGAGGAUUUUUUCCUCGCCACCAGAGAAGCUGAA